CCGUCUUCCGCACCUCGAGGUACCAUCGCAGACAAGACAGCAGCGCGGAACAUCCUGGCUACUCGUACUCUUCGACGCUCUCUUCUCCCUCCCCUUCCUCGACGGUCCCUCCUCCAAGCCAUGCCGCCCACCACCAGGGGCCGCACCACUGUGACGGCCGUGCCUCCCAAGCCCGCGGACAAUGUCAAGAGUGCUGCUGUGUCAGACUCCUCUACACUCAAGGCCACGCCUGCCAAAGCUCGGGCGAGCAAGAAGCGGCCUCUCUCACAAGCAUUCCCCGCCAGCAAAGCUUCUACGUCUCUCGGCAACGGGGCGCCAUCGACAAAGUCGCCAAAAAGGAAAGCAGCCACAGCCGCCACAGCAGAGGAAGCUCCUCCUCCGCUCCCGGCGCUCAGCGAGGACGAGGUACGGCUGUGCACCACCAUCCCCUUCCCUCGCCUGACAUUCUCUCUGCGCGAGGGAACAGAGCAUCUAAUAAAGGCAGACCCGCGCUUUCGCUCUCUACUCCGUCGAAUCCCUCUGCGAGUCUUCGAAGAGUUUACUGAUGAGCACCUCGAGCAGGAGACAGCAGGUGGAGGGGACGACAAGGUGCAGCCCAGGGCCAAAGACCUGGAUCUGUUCAAGACGCUGGUGACAAGUAUACUCGGGCAGCAGGUCAGCUGGCUCGCCGCUCGCUCCAUCCUCUACAAAUUCACCAGACUAUGGUUCCCAGAGCUGCCCGUCGUCCCAGACUUUUCCCUUACGCCCCGUGACUCCCUCCCUUUCCCCACACCUCUGCAAGUGCGCUCCGCUGGAGAAGGUAUGCUGCGCUCCGCAGGUCUAUCGGGCCAAAAGGUGCGCUAUGUGACCGAUAUCGCCGAGCGCUUCUCCGAUGGCAGAUUGGACGUGCGUAAGAUCGUGGAGAUGAACGAGGAGCAGGUACUAGAGGAGUUGAUCAAGAUCAAAGGCGUAGGCGUCUGGACCGCCCAAAUGCUCCUCCUCUUCGCACUGCGACGUCCCAACAUUCUCCCUGUAGGCGAUCUGGGCGUGCAGCGGGGGAUGGUACUCCUCUGGGCUUCCGGUCCCGAAGGUCCUCCAGUGACAAGCAAGAAGGCUCGACCUCCUUCGCCUUCGCCUGAGCCCAAGCCCACAACGGCCGAAGCAGCAUCGGAACGAGUGUUGACUGGAGAUGAAGCGGCGAUGAAGCAGAGGGAGGAGGCGCACAAGGUUGAGGACGCCGUUGAGAGCUCGGAGCAUCACGUAGCGAGGACCACUGGCAGCGCUUCGACCACCUCGCUCACUGCGACAACCCCUACUCAGAGUCUACCGCAACCGCCUCCACUGCCAGCGGACGCCAAGCUCACCCUGGCUCAGCUCAAUGCAAGGAAGAGCGGACAGAAGGCAAAGGGAAACGUAUAUCUCACUCCGCCAGAGAUGGAAGCGCUCGCCAAGACGUGGGAGCCGUACCGGUCAUUAGCAAGCGUCAUCGUGUGGGCUCUCGUAGAUGCCUAG